AUGUCUCGCCUUCGGAUCUCAACAUCCGUAUGUAAGAUCUUAGGGUUUGCCCAUUUUUACUUCAUCUCGCGCUCUGGAGAAAGUUCAUCCAUCACUUUGAUUGUCUCAGCCAAGUCUGGAGCAACCCUGAGAGACCGAGGAUCUCGGUUCCUGAAUGGUGACCAUCAGAUGGCUUCAGAGGAAUCCACAAGAGACCCACCAACGAAAGAAACCGUGCCUUCUAUGCAUAGGAAAUCCUCCGGGACGUAUGAGAGCACGUAUUUCUAA